AGUUUCAGUUACCCACGGUCAACUGCAGUCUGAAAAUAUCAAAUGGACAAUUCCACCUCACUUCAUCACAUCACGUAGGCAUUGUGUCAUCUCACAUCACUACAAGAAGAAGGCUGCACUCAUCUCAAGCACCCAAAGGCAAACGUGAGGAGUGCUGUUAAUUGCAUCUCAUCUAAAGUGGAGUGAGGGUUUUGAGGAGCCUGCGGGAGACUCUUCAAGAUUCUGAAUGACAAGGACAGCAUCUGACACUAAGUAAACACCUAGUGAAUAUCACUGUAAAAGAGUGAAUAAAUGGUAGACAACAGAGUGGAAGCUGUGGCAGCCAAUAGGCUCUCCAAGCACAACCAGUCAUCAGGCAGAUUCUAAAAGGACAAGAUGACAUACAAGUAUAAAGAAAUGUAUAAAUGAAGUCACGGAUGGAGGCUUCAGGGUCCAAAACAUGGCUGCGAAGAGGCCUGUUAUUGUAGCUGGAGUUAUGGCACGUGACGAUGAUAAUGGGUGUGUUAUCAGAACAGUGCAGCAGUGAUUACAGGGAGUCAGAUCUCAGCCCAGUCAUAGUUCUCUCUGCCGUUUACUAGUCUUGUAAUGGGAGGCAUGUUAUUCUCUAAACCUUAAUUUUCUCAUCUUUAAAAUAGUGACCUCGGUAUUUGGGGGAGAUAGAUUAAGGCAAUGUAUAGAAAGCACUCAGCACAACAGAAUCAGCAUUAGCUAUCAUUGUUAUCAACACUUGCAAGCAGGACUAGGCCACCAUUCCUGGCCAGGUCUGCUGUAAGAUAGUUCUCCCUACCCCUGUCCCCCUCUCCCCACAUCGCCUACACCCACAGACUCCAGGCAGCUGUCUCUCGCCCAAUAUGGAUCACGCCCCCAGAGCGAACCUCCACACCUGCGGUCUCUUGCAGAGUAUAGCGCGUGUAACACCAACCCAGUCUUGCAAACUGCUACCAAGAAGACACUCAAAGGCACAGACUAAGACAAAUUCACAACUGUGUUAUUAGUUCCUUAUCCCACCCCUGGCUUUGCGCUCUGAUAUAUACAAAAGAGGCCUGCAAGUGGACAAGGGAUCCUCAGUAGCCAGGACUGAAAUGCAGCACUGCAGGGCGCCGGGGGUACCCCCAAGAGCGGCUGAGCGAAGCUGAUUGCGUACACCUGCUCUCCAGGCGCGGGUUGGGUGGGAUCCAGUGCACCCGGACCCUCCCCAGCCCUCCAGCUCCCCUUCGGACGGAACCCUUGGGCAGGGAGAGGUAUCCCGCAGGGGUGAAAGGUGAGGACUGCGAGAGGCGCUGGCCUCCGGGUACUACCGAGUACUGGGGGCAGGUUUCAGAGAAGAGCUGCUGAAGAGCGCCACACACUUCCUACAGCCGAUAACAUCAGCGUGUGUGUCAGGUGGUUCGUGCAGGCGAUUGUGAGUGCGCGCGCGCGAGCGGGUGAGAGCGAGAGGGUGCGCGCACAUAAAGUUUGUGCCUGCGGGUGUGCGGCGAGCGGGCUCGCCCGGCUCGAGAGCGGCGGGUGGGCGGUCCGAAGGUGAAGAGGCCUGGGGCGUAGGGCCUCGCAGGCGGCGGCAGCGGUGGGGAUGAGCUGCAUCCCGCCGAGCCGUCGCGUCGCGCCAGGUGAGGCGGCUCCAGGAGCACGGCGGUGGCCAUGGGCACCCUGGGGAAGGCGAGAGAGGCUCCGCGGAAACCUCAUGGCUGCAGAACUGCCCCUAAAGCAAAACUAGAAGCAAAGCCAACCGGCAGCCCCUUCCCCUCCCAUCCCAGCCUGGCCCAGAUCACCCAGUUCAGAAUGAUGGUGUCUCUGGGACAUUUAGCCAAAGGAGCCAGCCUGGACGAUCUCAUCGACAGCUGCAUUCAGUCUUUUGAUGCAGAUGGCAACCUGUGUCGAAGUAACCAACUGUUGCAAGUCAUGCUGACCAUGCACCGAAUUAUCAUUUCCUCUGCUGAACUGCUCCAAAAAGUUGUCACCUUGUAUCAGGAUGCCUUGGCAAGUAAUUCACCAGGGCUUUGCCUGAAGAUCUGCUAUUUUGUAAGGUACUGGAUUACAGAAUUCUGGAUCAUGUUCAAAAUGGAUGCCAGCUUGACAGACACUAUGGAGGAGUUUCAGGAACUGGUGAAAGCUAAUGGUGAGGAGUUACACUGCCGCCUGAUUGACACAACUCAAAUCAAUGCCCGUGACUGGUCCAGAAAACUUACUCAGAGGAUAAAAUCGAACACCAGCAAGAAACGGAAAGUCUCCCUGCUCUUUGACCAUCUGGAACCAGAAGAGCUGUCAGAGCAUCUCACCUACCUUGAGUUCAAGUCCUUCCGGAGGAUAUCCUUCUCCGAUUAUCAGAAUUACUUGGUGAACAGCUGCGUGAAGGAGAACCCCACCAUGGAGCGGUCCAUUGCCCUGUGCAACGGCAUCUCCCAGUGGGUGCAGCUGAUGGUGCUCAGCCGCCCCACCCCACAGCUCCGAGCUGAAGUCUUCAUCAAGUUUAUCCAGGUGGCUCAGAAGCUCCACCAACUACAGAACUUCAAUACACUGAUGGCUGUGAUAGGUGGGCUAUGUCACAGCUCAAUCUCCAGGCUCAAAGAGACAAGUUCGCACGUCCCACCUGAAAUCAAUAAGGUCCUGGGUGAGAUGACUGAGCUGCUGUCCUCCUGCAGAAACUAUGACAACUACCGGCGAGCUUAUGGGGAGUGCACCCACUUUAAGAUCCCCAUCCUGGGGGUGCACCUCAAGGACCUCAUCUCCCUAUACGAAGCCAUGCCCGACUAUCUGGAGGAUGGGAAGGUGAACGUCCACAAGCUGCUGGCCCUUUACAAUCAUAUCAACGAACUGGUCCAGCUGCAAGAGGUAGCCCCACCCUUGGAAGCCAACAAGGACUUGGUGCACCUGCUGACGUUAUCUUUAGAUCUCUACUACACUGAGGAUGAAAUCUAUGAGCUUUCCUAUGCCCGGGAACCAAGGAACCACAAAGCCCCACCACUAACACCUUCAAAGCCACCAGUAGUAGUGGACUGGGCCUCUGGAAUAUCUCCCAAACCUGACCCAAAGACUAUAAGCAAACAUGUCCAGAGGAUGGUGGAUUCUGUCUUCAAGAACUAUGAUCAUGACCAAGAUGGAUACAUUUCUCAGGAAGAGUUUGAAAAGAUUGCUGCAAGUUUUCCAUUUUCUUUCUGUGUGAUGGACAAAGACAGGGAAGGCCUUAUCAGCAGGGACGAGAUCACAGCCUACUUCAUGAGGGCCAGCUCAAUCUACUCUAAGCUCGGCCUGGGCUUUCCUCACAACUUUCAAGAGACAACCUACCUGAAGCCCACUUUCUGUGACAACUGUGCUGGAUUUCUCUGGGGAGUGAUCAAACAAGGAUAUCGAUGUAAAGACUGUGGGAUGAACUGCCACAAACAAUGCAAAGAUCUGGUUGUGUUUGAGUGCAAGAAGCGAGCCAAGAACUCAGCAGCUCCCACAGAGAACAGCACCUCUGUGGGGCCAACUCCUAACCUUUGCUCACUGGGAGCCAAAGAUCUGCUCCACGCACCUGAGGAAGGAUCUUUUACGUUCCCUAACGAGGAGGCUGUAGAACAAAGUGAGGAAAGUAAGGAUCGGACCAUCAUGCUCAUGGGCGUAUCCUCACAGAAGAUUUCUGUUCGGCUGAAGAGGACUGUCGCCCACAAGGCCACCCAGACCGAAUUACUGUCUUGGAUUGGCAGUGAGGGCCCUUCUGGUCCUUUCACAUUGUAUUCCCCAAGGAAGACAGCCCAGGACACUCUGUAUGUGCUUCCCAGUCCCACAUCUCCAUGCCCCAGCCCAAUAUUGGUCAGAAAGCGGGCUUUUGUCAAGUGGGAGAAUAAAGACUCCCUCAUAAAAUCAAAGGAGGACCUCCGUCACCUCAGACUCCCAACUUACCAAGAGCUGGAAAAGGAAAUAAAUACCCUGAAAGCAGAUAAUGAUGCUCUAAAGACUCAACUGAAACAUGCACAGAAGAAGAUAGAAAGCCUCCAGCUUGCAAAAAGCAAUCAUGUCUUAGCUCAAAUGGAACAGGGUGAAUGUUCUUAGCCCAAACACUCAAGGAGCACAAUCUGUAGAUAAGUGUUAUCAGAGAUCUUUCCUAAACCGAUUAACACAAAGACCCAGGGAACCUUAGACUGACCAGCUUUGAAAAGGGUAUUUUAAAAAAGAAAAUCUCAUUACCAUUUUUUUAAUCUAAAAGAAUCCUACAGUGUGGUACUGUUUUCUCUUCCAGUCAGUUGAAACAAAGGGGAAAAAAACUGAAGAAUGUAAAAGUUUUGCCAUUAAUACCACAGACUUUUCCCCCCUUAAGACUAAUAGCAAAAGCAUGAUUUAAAAAAAAAAAAAAACAUGACUAGUUAGCUUGUCCUAUGUGGCCUGCUUCUUCCUUAGAACUAAAAUCCCUGGAAAAUGAAUUUGGUUCCUUCCCCAGGGUUUUCUGUGAACUGAGAGAUUUACUUUGUUCCAUCCAAAAAUUGCUUAUAAUAUUAAAACACCAAUAUUCCAAAAGUAGAUUCACUUGUUUAUAUUCCAGUAUUCUUUAUGAAUCUGGUUCCCACUUCACUACCUCAUAACUAAUCAGUUAGCCUUUUCCCCAUCCUUCCUCACUACACUCACACACACAUGAUAUCUACCUAGAAGUGAACUUCUAGAGAACACAAAUUUUUGCAGGUGGGCUUAUUAAACAACAUGACAUUAUCUAACUGCAGAUCAACUCAUAGUUUUAGUCUCACAGUCAUAAUAAAGUAGCCAAAUUAAAUACCUGAAAAUAUGGUUAUUACCAUCUCAGACAUGACUGGCUAAAGUAAAUAAUACAAAAAAUGUUUGUCCUCAUAUAAUCUAUAGUGGAUAGAAUUGAGACUUUGUGGCUGUUUUUUUAAAGUCUGUUUAGUUUUACAUGUACCAUCUUUACCCUUUUUUGUGGAAGUAACUGUUUUUGAGCUGAAUUUGUGCUUAUACUAUAUUAAUAUUAUUUAGAAAUAAGCUAAUUGGAUUACGACCUUCAAUAACAGCUGACAAGCAUGUACAUAUGUAUAUAUACAAUAUCAGGCAUGCAUGUGACUUGGAAUUUUGUUUCCUCCAUAAAAUGUGGAAGUGAAUUAAACAACUUUUAGUUAUUUACACAAAUUCACAAAUAUAAAGUUCAGUUUGUUAUAAGAUGAAGAACUUGAUCACAAUGUAAACUGCAGUAUUUGGCAAAAUCACAAGUAAGAGUUCUGUAAGUUAUCUAUUAGUGAAGGUUAAUGAUAAAUGGGCUCAUUUCGUUGUCUGGGCAACUGUUCACAAAUUUGUCAGCCUCUUUAUUUCUCUAAAAAAAAUUCAUAUGGUCAUUUUCUUUUUGAGUGGAACUUACCUUCCAUGCUUGGAAAGCCUGGUACUAAACUGACUUGAAAUUCAUGAGUUGACCAACUGCCAAGAAUAUAAUCUCAAUAAUUAGAAGUUCCAAACCUAAAGCCAACACCACCAAGUCUUAAUCAGAACACAAAGUACAUAUAGACAGGGUAGCUUCCUUAGAGGAUUCAGACCAUUAAGAAGCUUCUUUGAUGAAAGGCCAGCUCCUAUUUGUGUACCUCCUUGUACUGAGCUUUAGGGACAAAGCUAGUGAUUUGCUUUCGAUUAGUGUUUUAAAGAAUCAUUUCACAAAUUUACCCAUUUCUAAAUCCAAACUCAAAAAUCCUACAGCAGAGCUGCUUAGGUCUACCACUUGGUAUAUAAACUUACAGAAGCACUCUGCUACUUACCUUAUAUGGAAUGACAUGAGUUUAUGAUAAUAUUUAAAAUUCAUAUUCUUCACUAUUAUUUUCCUCUGAUAUAGACCAAAGACAGUACAGCUCAGUUUCUUUAAACAGUCAUGUAACACAAAUUUUUUCAUUCUUCUUACCUGCUAUCCAAAAUACAGAUUCCAGGUUAGUUUUGUGCGAAAAAUCUGUAACUUAUUGGAAUUCAAAAGAUCACAGUCCCCUUAGUCAAAUUAACAAGGAUAGAGGGUCUCAAACAUUCCAGAAUUUAUCACUGAAAUGGACAGGAACGAGUAGCUUCAUCACAGGUUUUUACAGUCCAGCAAAGGCCAAGAAGUAUAGUAUGUAAAUUAAUAUUAUUUGUACUGAGCUACAUGGGAUUAGUGGACUAUUCCAGAAAUAACCUGGAACAAAGUUUUCAUUUGCCAAGCCUAGGAUACAAAUUUCUGUGUCUUGUACUGACUUGAAAUAAGUUUGAGCAUAUGUUUAUCUGCCAAAACAAGUACAAUUUUGUUUUGUUAAGAGCAUUGUCACUUCUCAUUUUCUUUGGUAACUUGCCUUUUUACUAUAUGUGAAUUUCUGUCUAAAGAUAUAUUAUGUAAAAGAACUAUAAGGAAAAACAAAAUGUAUAGAAUGUAAAAAUUUUUUAUACCUAAUGUAAAUUUUCUUUGUGUAAUAUUUAUAUGAUAAAAGACAUUAGGACUCCUAUAA